AGAUUAUCAAUUUUUGAACGAAGGUUUGGUUCCACCUCUCGGGCGGAACUGUUCAGGACGUAUCGCUGUUUUCACCCGGAUCCGAAGCAUUCCCAGUCAUGGCAACUUGCACGCGGACUGUCUGGAAAGUUGUAGCAGGAUGUCGGAGGCAGCUGCUGAGCGCCAGCGGUGCCACCUACAUGGGUGUCCCGCAAACUGCACAGAGGAAUCUCCCUGUCAGGACUGUCUGGACACCAAAGAAACACAAGAAGGAGGAAGCAGAGAAGCCGGUGAAGAAAGAAAAGGUUGUCAUCGAUGACUCAAACAGACAUAAGCCUUAUGGCAGGACGGCGUGGGUGCCUGUGGACGACGUGUAUAUUAAGAGGUUCUACCCCAGGACCAUCUACAGCCUAUCAGACGCCAUCGACCUGCUGAAGAACUUCCAGGAGCUGGACUUCACUCCCGCCAGUCAGCCUGUUUACAUCGAUCUGAAGCUGAACAUGAAACUGGAGAAAAAGAGAAAAGUCGACCCGUUCGUCAGCACCGUGCACUUACCUCACCCCUUCCAGACGGGGAUGAACAAAGUUCUGGUUUUCACCGAGGAUGCUAAUCAAGCUAAAGUUGCGCAGGAGAACGGAGCUGUGGUCGCAGGAGGAGAAGAACUGAUACAGCAGAUCUUGGAUGACGAGAUUUCAGCAGACUUCUACGUAGCAGUUCCAGAAAUUCUGCCGAAGCUUUUACCUCUGAAAAGCAAACUGAGGAAGAAGUUUCCAAAGAGCAAGAGAGGCACAGUCGGCAUCAACAUUCCCAAGAUGUUGUCGUUGUUUAAAACGGGUCACGAGUUCAUGGUGGAGGAUGAGUGCUACGUCAGGACCCAGAUAGCCCUGCUCGACAUGCCCAAAGAACACAUCGUCGCCAACAUGCAGACCGUCCUGGCUGACAUCUGCUCCCACCGACCGGCCGAUAUGGGACCUUUCAUCGAGCGAGCGAUCAUCGCCAGUCACACCAGUGAAGCUCUGUGGUUCAAGAGCGAAGACGUUUUACCGAAACCAGCAGAGAAGAAGCAGGAGGAGGAAUGAGGCGUGUUUCAGAUUGUAUAUAGUCACUGUACUGAAUAAAGUUAUUUGUUCCGA